UCGCUUUUGCCUGGAACUGAGCGCUUUUCGUGUCGUUUGUCUCCAGUCUCUUCCCGUUUCCCGCUGCUGCUGCUGCUGCCGCCGCUGCUGCCAACACUGUACCCCUCUCCGGACCCGGCGGACUGGCACGGCUGAGACGGCCUUCCUCGUUUUUCCUCACCGACCGCGGCCCGCCCACUUGCCAGCGCAUCCUCGGAGCGUCUCCGGCAUGGACCGCGCGCGGCGGCAGCGGGAGGCCGAAACAGCGACCUUGAGUGUUCAUUACCUCCCUGGAUAUAUCUAAUGUAUGGCACAUGAAUAUAUAACCUUUUCCAGAUUGAGUGACUUGUAUAAUAGAAAAGGCAAACGGACAACUGGAAAAUUGAACUUCCCAUUCUGUGAGGCUUGCCUUGGAGAAUAUAAUUUUAUCAGUAAUACAGCAUGUUUAUGUGGACAGUUCACAGAUACACAUCUUUGUAAAAGACAAACUGGCUGCCAGAUAGCAACUAGGUUACCAAAAUCAGAACUAAAGCACUUGUCACUUUGUAAAUGCCAUUAUGAUUCUAGUAAAGAAAUACACAAGAGUGCUACAAGUGGAAUUCUGAGAGCUGAAAAUCAAAGAGUUCUAUAUCUGGCUAAAAGUAAUGACAGGACUGGAAGAUUAAUGGAGGCACUUUGCCUAGAGUUGAAAUCAGCUAACUUUGAGAUGAAUAAUAAAAAACUAUGCUUCAGAGUGUCUAAUCUAAAAGCAAGUAUUUCAGCUUCACUAGCUCAGAAUGAUGGAUACGCUGUAAAAGCUUUUCAUAGAAUACCACAGAGUUUGAGAAAGAGGCUUGUCUCACUACCUACUUUAUAUGGAAUAUCCACAAUUGAGAGGCCUGUUUUUUCUAGGCAACAUGAGACACAGCAUUUUAAUUCAAAAGAUUGCUUACUACUGAAAUCCAACAAAGUACAUGAUUAUUUUCAGUUCCAACUUGAAUCAGAUACUUCCGAGCUUUCAAAGAAUUUUUUAGUUACUUCUUACGGGAUAUUAGCACAAGAAGAAACUGGGUUUAAUCCUGUUUGGAAAGCUUCAAAAAGUUAUUUUGAGAGUGCUGUUACUGAUCAACAGCUGUUCUUACCUUCAUCAGAGAAUAUUGCAAAAGAAAAUACUCUCCAGCUGCAUAUCAUACCUUUUUAUCUUCUUCAGCCCUUCACAACUAUUGAGCAAGAGUUGUACAAGAAAAAAAGAAACCAGUUGAACAAUUUGGGGAGAAAACAUAGGUGGCAAGACCAGACAAUGAAUACAAAAGAAGAAUAUGAACACAAAAAAGAUAAGGAAAGCUACCUCUGUGCAGUUUGCUUGGAUAUCUACUUCAAUCCUUACAUGUGCUACCCAUGCCAUCAUAUUUUCUGUGAACCUUGCCUACGUAUGCUUGCCAAGGAUAAUCCAACUAGCACACCAUGUCCUCUCUGCCGUACUGCAAUUACCCACGUUUUUUUUCAAUCAGAACUGAACAAUUCCACAGAAACUUUUUUCCCAAUGGAAUAUUCAAAAUUAAAGGAAAAUUUUCAAAAAUCAAAUUUAGCAAAUUGGCCUCUCCCUAGUUGCAAGAAAGUAUUCAGAGUUAUUGAUGCAGGUUUUCAGAGUACAGACUCCUUUACACGAAGGCAUUUUCCACACGCUGCUCACAGAAUGGAUUAUAUGGACUUUGAGGACGAUAGCUGGGGUUGGCGAUUUGACAUGGACAUGGUGAUAAUCUACAUUUAUGCCAUCAACUGGGUCUUGGGAUUUAUCGUGUUUUGUUUCCUUUGCUAUUUUUUCUUUCCUUUUUAAGGAUUUCUGUUCCCUAUUUUGUAUCUGACUGGUGACACAAAGAAAUAGACAAAUCUGAAUUAAACAAUGCAAUCUCAUGUCACCUAUAUAACACUGAUAAAGCUGCACAACAAGAAUUUACUCUGUUUUGGUUUACUAAUUUUUAUUAUAUUUUGAAGUGAAAAAACAUUUGCAUAUUUAAAAUAUUGUAUUGCUUUUUCUAAUACCUAUUAAGAUGACUUGGUGCUUUAAGUCUAUAAUUGCAAUCUGAACAUAAAUUUGGGCAGCUUCAUGAGAGUAUUCAUAAAGCAGUGAGACUUCACUAAUUAACUUCAACUACUGUAUAAAAUACAUACACAAACUAUCACCUCACACUUAAUAGUUUCCAUAGAGAUAGUUCACAUAUUAAAUGCUUACGUUCAGUUAAAAUAUUUUUUCUCAUCAACUUUGUCAUUCAGUAUGAUGUUUUUCUUUAUAUCCAGUGCUUAUUGUUGUCAUGUUGAGUCUUAGCUUUCCAC